AUGGUAAUCCAGGAUAAAAACAACAGAAGCUGGAAGGUGAUGGAGAGCAGUAGCAAAUGGACGUCGCCGGUGUCGCUUCAGGGAGCCGAGGUGCACUGCUCGAAGAGCUGCGUCGCACUUGGCGACCUCUUCUCUGACGGCGACUCCAAGCUGAUUGUCGCCCACGGCGGUCAACGCGGGUUUCUUUUUUUUCGAUCCGAAAAUUCAAUAGUUUCGAGAAGGUUUUCUGUGUAUGAGACUCUGAAUGGAGCGCUUUUUUUUGCUCUGGGAAAUGCAUUUUAGAGUCGAUUUUUCAGCUUAUGCUAAUUUAUACUUUUCACUUUGGAAGUUGAUUUAUGUUGAGCUUGGGGAUUAUGUAUCCAGCAUAUUUAAUAUUUUUAAUUUAAUUCAUACAGACUUGUUGAAAAACCAGUAAUUAUGAAGUAGUUCAGCUCAUCUUUCAAUUAUGGACUUGUUCCAGAAUGAACAUGCGGCUGAAGGUUUUCAAAGGAGUUUCUCAGAUGACGGAGAGUUCUUUGGCUGAUCAGCCAAUCGCUAUCGCCCACUUCAUCAACGAGUUGGUUGGUUCCGAGAUAUUCAAUAUUAGAAAGCGGAACAAACACAUAUUAACUAUUAUCUUGUCUUUGAAUUCUGUUCAUUUCGAUUACAUGAAUUUUUUAAAGCGAAUCUUGAAUUCCGAAAGUAAAUAUAAAAGUGACUUGAUAACAAUAGCUAGCUGGACUAGACAAACUGAAAAAUAUGGCGGUCAAUUUCAUUCUCAAAAAAACUUUUUAGUCGUCGUUGCCUUCUGUUGCCGUAGCCGCGGGUUCAUCGCUGUUGAUCUACAAGAACCUGAAGCCAUUCUACAAGGUCUGAUUUCAAACGUUCAAACUCUUCGAGACUCCUUUUCUAGUUCACGGUUCCGUCCUCGGAGGUCAACGGCGUAGAGAAGCAAGCCUGGCAGGCCGCCGCCUCUGGCCAACUUCCGCAGGAGAAUCUCUACACUGUGAUUCAAAAUCUCGCAGAAGAAGUAUGAGUCUUUUUCUCGUUCGAAAUCGCUUCUUCAGGUGUCAUCGGCUAGUCUGACGUCAGCGUCACAGACUCUGUUGCUGGUGCAGCCAAAUGAGCGUCGCGCCUUUUUCGACAAAUACCUGAACAAGCCUCUGACUAACUCGGUUGGCCUUUCUUGCGCGUUUCGAUCAACUAGAUGUCGAUUGAGGCUGCGAUAACGUGUCUGACGAAAAUGGAGAAGUCGACGGCGGAAGUGAUCGACGUGCUUCUGAUAGGCACGGAGCACGGCAAGCUGCACGUCGUCGACAGUCAGGCUUUCACGCACCUCACCUCCUGCUCCUUCCCUUCGCCUCCUGUCCAGAUCGUCACGUACGGUACGUUCGGGACUUCACAAUGGCUGGUAAAUUGAAAGUCAUUUUCUUCUUUUUCUUCAUCUUCCUACGCCUUUAAGCAGUGUCGGCGCAAGUUGAUUAGCCGAAAAACAUUCAAAGAACUUUUCAACGCUACCAAGUUUGAAUGAUAAACUUGAAUGGACUUACUUGCCAAUUUUCGCAUUCUAAUCCCCCUUCCUCUGUUGCUUGAGUAGCUCAGUGAAAUAUACUUUCGUACUGUAUGAUCAUAAAAAUAUUCUGCUUCUUUCAGGAUCCUACGACGUCGACUAUCGCGUGUUCGUUUUGACGCGCGACGCGAUGAUCUACGCGGUAAAGAGGACGCAGACGAGCUGCGGACGUCCCCUCGUCGUUUCCACGUGUCCCAUCCUCUCCAUGGUCCGCAUGAAGAAACUCGUCAGUCCGACAAGUUCUGUUGAUUGAAAAAAGUCUUUCCUUCAGCUCGUUACGGCGUCUUCUGAUAACACUGUCAACUUUUACAACUUCAAAGGAAAGAAAAUAACAGAAGUUCGCUGCGACAAGAAGCCCAUAAUGCUUGAGAACUUUGAAUAUACCCAAAAGCAGUUCACUGCAGUUCUUGUCAUGUUUGAGCAGGAGGUCACAUCCGAUUCUAAUAUUAAUAAUAUAAUAACGACUUCAGAUACGGAUGUACAACGAAAAUUAUCUUUUGGAUGUUUUGAAGUUUGAUAAGCCACUUUCUUGGAUCAAAUACGGUCAUUAUGGUCGUGAGGAAGGAGCUCUCGUCAUAUGCUUCAAAGGCGAGUCUUCAUGACUGAUCACUUAGAAAAAUUAACCUCUUUCCUCUUUCCUUUUUCAGAUGGCAGCGUUUGCGUGCGGAUGUUCCGCAGAAAGGCAAACUUCGACGAGAAGCGGGAUCUAAACCCUCAUCCAGCGACUCAUACUCUGAAACUGGCGAUCCCCAAGAAAACCAAACUGUUCAUCGACCAGAGUGUCCGAGAAAGGGACCACGGAGACCGCAUCAACCAGGUCUGCGUUCCUAGAUUCCGAAAGAGAUCUCUUUGCUCCAGACCUACCAAAAAGACUUAUUCCUUCUUCGUUGCCGAGUGGCCGAGUCCUACGCGGAAGUUAGCACGACGGCAUCUUCUUCCGUGGCGGCCGACGGCCAGUUGCCCGUUGACAUCACCGUCGACGUCCACGGCUUCGGCCCCGUCUUUCGUCUCAUCAUCUACGUCGUUUCCAACGCGUCGGUUCUUCUGUACUUUUUCGCCUUAAAUUUUCUUGAAGUAACGGUUCCGCUGUUUAUAUGCUCCAUGUAAACUUUUUAACCGCGUUGGAAACUUGAUUCGAAAAUGUUGAUAUCAACCAAAAACGGAACAACUUUGAAAGAUACCUAGUGAACUCUCACGACACAGGGAGACUCGAUUUUAGUUGGAGUUUAAACUUUUACAACUUUCACAUUUUUUUUCCUAAUUUCAUGUAAAAAAAAAACCAGUUGUUCCGAUUUUGAAAUUUUUUUUUGGUUGAAAAUUGGAGGUAACGUGGCCCAAUGCUAGAGGCGAACGACUGGAAGUAUUUAGAAGAAAAAAAAAAACGAUGAUUUUUGAGCGAACACAUGUAGGAUGCUAUUGAUAGCAAUUAUCUGAUGGAAGCCUCAAGAAGACCUUUGCAGGAAAGCGGACGUCUUCGGCUUGUGGCUUUCCAUCAUGUCGGACCCGGCGAUGUACACGAUAGAAGAGCCCCUUAUUCCGGUGUCUCUAUUGGCUCCUUCGCACAAAUACUCAUUCACGACUUUGCUCAACUGUGUGGAUCCAGAAAAGGUUCAGUUGUGACCUACGGACUUUGAAUGUGCAGAGGAGGUCUUUCAGGCCACGCAGGAAGAGCUGAGAGUGCUUCUCAUUCACGAAAAGAAACAGGCUCCCAUCGUGACUGCCGUCGUCAAAAUGCCCAUCAGCGAAAUGCCUGUUGAUUGA